GAUGUCUUGAGAAUUGUGUCGCUGUAACUUAGUGCCUACAAGUAGAAAAGCGGGUCAUUCCGGCGGUUUGCCUGGACACUGCACUGCAGGUGCUGUCGCGAAAAGCCCGUCACCUAAGUACGUUGAGCUUUCAUAGCUUCAAUGCUCCUCUAUAUAUAAACGGUUGCAAACCGUCAGCUUGGAGGCUCGUAAAACCCCGGCUACAUCGAGAUUUGCAUCAUGAGCGAUCGCUUGCAUGCAAGCACGGCAACAACCCUUGUCACGCCGGUCGAGAUAUGACGGAACCAAUCGAGCUCCGUCUCCUGCACGAGUCUAGGCUCGAGCCCAGGCUGCAUGGUGGAAUAGUAACAUACAAUCCCACCAUCGAGCUAUUUGCAGGAGCUGCUGGUCCAACUACGCUUCAAAUAUGGCGUGCGAACAAUCAGGUCGUCACCAAGAACAGCCAGCGCGGUGACCGGGCGUCGGUACAGGCUGUCCGCUGGAAAUCCGACGGCCAGUUUCUCGCUGUGGGAUGGAGCGAUGGCAUUGUACGCCUGAUGGGGCUGGAGACCAACAAAGCUGUGCAUCAAAUCACCAUACCCGAAGCCGCGAAGUCAAGAAUCACCUGCAUCAGCUGGGCGCAGAACCUCGCUACUAAGCGUCCAGGUGCGGCCAUUGAGACCUCUAUCAGGACAUGGGAGCAGCUUGCUUCACAGGGUCUCGAUCUGACCAAGAAGAAACCUGCGGCGGAUCUGCCACGAGAGCUGACAUUCCUUGAGAUUGAGACCGCUCUCCCUAAGCUCAGUCCCCUCCCUGCAGGAGGCUCGGGGGACGACACCUUCGUGUUCACAACAAGAGCUUCGCUAGAAUUUCUAUUUAGACCCUUCUCAAAAGAUGACAGCGAUAAAGUUGACGUUAUGGUCGUGGGCACAGACGACGGCCAGAUCCAUAUCAGCAUCUAUGAUUCCUUCGUUAUAGGCAGUUUUCGGUACUCCUUACCGCCAUCAUUCGGCAGAAAGACAGAGCUGAAGCUUUGUGGAAGCGCCUCACACCUAGAGCUUUCUACUCACAUGCUUGUCUUCAGCCCAUCUACGGAAGACAAGACCAAGACUUUAUACCUUGUACCUAUAGAUCUCACUUUCAUCAACUCAUCGCCAGAGAAUUUAUCUCUAUUAGCUUCCAAAACAACCACCCUGCAAAAACUGCUGAGAUACGUCAAACAGGUGCAGACUCACAUGUUGAAAGAAUGGCAGUCAACGCGAGAGCUACCUAAUCGCUUUCUGAAUAGCAUAAAUCAGACCUUGAAAGAGUCCGAGGCUUACGGUGAUAUGAACAUUGGCCAAGCAAUGUAUCAUUCUGUCGUCACAGGUCACACGUUUCCAGAGGUCAAGGAAUGGCUCGUGGAUCAGCUGGCAGAACGGGGGCACAAGAGAUGGGAUAAGGCUGUGGUAACAGGCCUACAGGCCCUUCGGUCUCUAGUCCACGAGAAUUUCCUCCCCGCGCUGGAGCGCGUCAGCGUCAUCCUUAGUCGUCUGCUGGGUAUUGCUAGGUUUCACGAAUCCAAAGCCGAGAUCGGGUUCACCAGCGCACAGAUCAUGAAGGUUAUGGACAUUGUGUCAUGCUUGAUGUUGGUCGGCAAUAAGAUUCUUCUCCUCGUGAUGGAGGAGUUGGAGCUAUUCCAUGCCUUCUCGAUCUGGCUUCGCCAUGAAAUUGAUCGCUUGGCCUCAUCAUCCACCACGGAUGAUCUUACCGAGAAAGAUGCUACGAUGGAGCAUGGCAAAAUCCUGGCUUAUAUACAACAAUAUAUGCCGGCAAGCCCGCUUAGACACUAUCUAAGUGACAUCGAAGCGGAGGACGUUGGACGAGAUCGCAAGCUAGCUGAUAGCGGUAGCUCACUUCUAGAGUUAUUAACGAAGCAGAUUCAAAAGCAGGAGUCUACUCAAGCUGAUGCGGGAUCGUAUUCUCAGAUAGAGUUCCUUUGCAAGUAUCUGGACAGCCAGGCCGCUGGUGUUCUUGAGGGCAUUGCGGAAGCCGAGCGGCGAAGUGUACGUUUCGGACAAGCGACGAAGAUCGUAUUGGAUGGCAAUGUAUCGCGGUUUGAUGUUCGGCUGUCCGCCACACCAGUCGGGGAUGCAUGGCGAGGCGUGACACACACGGCCUUGAUCACCGAGGGUAAUGAUUCACAAGUUUACAUCUUCCGAACUUCAACAACGAUAACAAAUGGCAUCAGCAGCUCCGUCGUAGCCGAGCUAUCCCGCAUGACCCUCGGCGACGGCAAGAUCGUCGAUCUCAAAUUCCUCUACGACGACAGUCUACUCGUGCUCUGGGCUCCAAAAGAUUCACCUCUCCGAUUGAUACGAAUCCCACACAAGUCCGAAGACCUCGGGUACCAGCCCUACACGGCCGGGACCCAGAUCGCCUCGCACGAGCUCUCCAACGAGCAGGUCACCAGCGUGUUCCUGAACAUGAUCGUCCCGUGCCCGCCGGGCUUCGUGCCGGCGCAGAUGGAAAUCAAAGAAGCUAGCGCCGAGCGCGGGACGUUGCCGCCUAGGCUGUGCCUCUUGGGCACCGAUAUGCAAACUUAUAUAGUCUUCGCCUUGCCUGAGGAUCCGUUUGGGGAGGCGCUGGGGAGUCGACGGUGAGAAUGGCGUAAGGAAUAAGCUUUCCGGUUUCUGGUGUGGGUUAACCAUGCUUGUUAAACAAGGGGGCGGUGGACACGGGUUAUUUGCUUGCUAUAGGAGAUUCUCAAAAGUGACGGUGUUUACAGCCUUAUUUAUACUAAAUGACA